UUCCAUUUCCUUCUCAGAGUCAUUGUUGCUCUUGCAUUUGUCCUAUUUAAUUAUCAUGGUAGAGUAAUAUAAUGAAUAACUUAAAAAUCUAUUGCACCCGAACUGUUUGAUAAGAAAAAAAAUGGGCAGUGUGUUUUUAUAACUCAUAGUUCCUGGAAUAUGUGUAUAAGAUGCAGACAUGACAAGUCACCAUGAAUUUAAGAAUCUUCCAGGCACAGUUACAGAGGUGUAGUUUAAAGUAGCUUCACUGACACAUUUCCUCCGGCUUCUCCCAGCAUGCAAUUCCCCCUUUUUUUAUGUUUCACUUUCAUUUUUGAAUGAUUUCUGCUGAAACCACGCGCAGGAGACGACGCGGUCCUGCUUGUAUUGUCACCAUGUUAGUGGCUCCUUUCCUGCUGGUGCUUUUCAUUCCCUUUUCUCCCUCAUCUGGAGCACAGUUACCAAACCAGGGUAAGGCCAAAGACCUCCCUAUAGCCACCAAUGGUCAGCCCUUCCCCUGGGACCGAAUGAGACUCCCCCAAACCGUCACACCAGUCCACUAUGACUUAAGUCUACACCCCAACCUGACCACCCUCGACUUCACUGGUGUUGUUCGUAUUGAGCUGGAUGUCCAUGAAGAUACCAACACUGUGAUUCUCCAUGCUAAGCAAAUAAAGAUAUCCAGUGUGCACCUCCUGGCACCUGAAGGUAUUAAGCCCCUGCAGGUGUUGGAGUAUCCUCGCUUCCAUCAGCUCGCCUUGCUGUCAGAUUCAGUGCUGACCAAAGGGAGGAAGUAUGAGGUUCAGCUGGCGUUUGCCGCCAACCUGUCCGACAGUUUCCACGGUUUCUACAAGAGCAGCUACCGCACAAGCAGUGGGGAGGUCAGAGUCCUGGCAUCCACACAGUUUGAAGCAACUUUUGCUCGUGGAGCCUUCCCAUGCUUUGAUGAACCCGCCUUCAAAGCCAACUUCACCAUACAGAUUAUCCGAGAGCCACGCCACAUAGCCAUAUCCAACAUGCCAAAGGUCAAAACAGUGGAGUUGCCAGGCGGUUUGCUUGAGGAUCACUUCGACACCACUGUAAAAAUGAGCACCUACCUGGUUGCCUACAUUGUGUCGGACUUUGCAUCUGUGAGCAAGAUGACCCAGCAUGGUGUCAAGAUUUCAGUCUAUGCUGUUCCUGAGAAGAUUGACCAGACAGCCUUUGCGCUGGAUGCUGCUGUCAAGCUGUUGGACUUCUACGAUGACUAUUUUGACAUUCCUUACCCGCUUCCCAAACAGGACCUGGCUGCUAUCCCUGACUUCCAGUCAGGUGCAAUGGAGAACUGGGGACUGACCACAUACAGAGAGACCGGCCUCCUCUUUGACCCUGAAAAGUCAUCGGCUUCUGACAAACUGGGCAUCACCAAGGUCAUCGCCCAUGAACUUGCACAUCAGUGGUUUGGAAACCUGGUGACGAUGGAGUGGUGGAAUGACUUGUGGCUCAAUGAGGGUUUCGCCAAGUUCAUGGAGUUUAUUUCCCUCGACAUCACUUACCCAGAACUGCACGUGGAUGACUUCUUCUUGGCAAAAUGUUUUGAGGCUAUGGAAGUAGACUCCCUUAGCUCCUCCCACCCAGUCUCCACCCCUGUGGAAAACCCCACGCAGAUCCAGGAGAUGUUCGAUGAUGUGUCAUAUGACAAGGGUGCAUGUAUUCUGAAUAUGCUGCGGGACUUCCUCACUCCUGAGGCUUUUGAGAUUGGCAUCGUCCGAUACCUGAAGCGCUACAGCUACCAAAACACUGUGAACAGCCACCUGUGGGAGAGCCUGACUGAUAUCUGCAGCUCAGAUAAUCUGGACGAAGGCCGACUGAAACACAUGGAAUUCUGCUCCAAACGCAAAACUCAGUCUGGAGCCUCUAAGUGGUACAGUGGUGAUGAGCUGGACGUCAGGGCCAUCAUGGACACCUGGACACUGCAGGAGGGCUUCCCACUGGUCACGGUGGAGGUCAGAGGUCGGGAGGUCAGGCUGAGUCAGGAGCGGUACUUGAAGACAGACAGCCCCUCCCUCACUGAAGGAUUCCUGUGGCAGAUUCCGCUGACAUACAAGACCAGCGCCUCCAACACCAUCCACCGCUUUCUGCUUAAGACAAAGACUGAUGUCCUGUACCUGCCAGAGGAGGUAGACUGGGUGAAGUUCAACGUGGACAUGAGUGGCUACUACAUGGUUCAUUAUGCAGGCGAGGGGUGGAACUCUAUUAUCAAGCUGUUGCACCACAAUCACACAGCCUUGAGCGGCAAUGAUCGUGCCAGCCUCAUCCACAAUGUCUUCCAGCUUGUCAGUAUAGGGAAGGUGAGGUUGGACACGGCCUUGGAGCUGUCUCUUUACCUGUCCAGAGAGACUGAGAUCAUGGCUGUGACUCAGGGCUUUGGAGAACUUGUACCUCUUUACAAACUAAUGGAAAAGAGAGACAUGAAGGUGCUGGAGAAUCAGAUGAAGAGCUACAUUGUAGAUUUGUUCCUGGGGCUGAUUGAUCAGCAGGAGUGGAGCGACUCUGGUUCCGUGUCUCAGCGAGUGCUGAGGAGUUACCUGCUGCUGUUCGCCUGUGUCAGGGACCAUGCUCCGUGUGUGACCAAAGCCACCAAGAUCUUUAACCAGUGGAAGGACUCUGAUGGCACCAUGAGCCUUCCUGUUGAUAUCACAAUGGCUGUGUUUGUGAUUGGAGCCCGAACACCAGAGGGAUGGGAUUUCCUGUUUGAGAAGUACCGCCAUUCGCUGCAAAUGUCUGUCAAGAGCCGCAUGAAGACUGCCAUGGCUGUUAGUCCGCUGCAGGACAAGCUAAAGUGGAUGAUGGAGCAGAGCCUCAGCGGUGAGAUAAUGAAGACUCAGGACCUCCCAGAUGUGGUCGUCUCUGUCAGCAAGAACCUCCACGGCUACAAGCUGGGCUGGGACUUCCUCAGAGCCAACUGGCACACUCUCAUCAAGAAGUUUGACCUCGGCUCCAGCACUGUAUCAUACAUGGUGACUGGGGUAACUAACCAGUACUCUACCAGGGAGAUGCUAGAUGAGGUACGAAGCUUCUUCGGCUCCCUGACCGAGGAGACGGGCUCAGAGAUGAGGUGCAUCCAGCAGACCUAUGAGACCAUUGAGGAUAACAUCCGCUGGAUGGACAAAAAUCUUCCUCUUCUGCAGGCUUGGCUGGACAAACACAGCCGCCGUGUGGCUCAUGAGGAUUUGUAGCUUCAGGGGGAAACAAAAAAAAUGUCCGUUGUGAAUAAUUACAAACAGAAACAGAGGUGUGGAUUCCAAACACAAAAUAGAUUAUGCUUGAUGAUGGUAAUCAAACAUGUUUUUCAGCUCAAUUUUGACUUUAAUAGAAAAAAAAAACUCCUGACUUAACUUAGAUGGUUCAUUUUAGUCCCAGAAGUUAGAAAACAUCAUCUUGCUUUGGGAAAGCUUGUGGGUCAUUCUAACCAUUAUUUAGGACUCCAAAACUGACUGGCCAUACAAGUACGUUUUUUUAUUUACACCUGUUUAAACUACAGCUGAAAAAAGUGGCAAACAGAUGCAUUCCAGAGCCAGACAUAACUGAUUAAGCAUUCGAAGGAUGUACUCAAAGUAGGCGCAGUUGUCUUGCUCUGUGUCUGAGCACAGCUGUACCCCUUUCCAGUCCCUUGCUCAUCUGCCCUACCACUGCAUUUAACCAACCAUCCCCAGGUACGCUUCAGUUUGCCUCCUCUCUCUGGCUUGCUCAUGCUCUCUUACUGUCAAGCACAUCUGCUUUUUAAAAAUGUGUCUCACAAUGAGGUUCAUGAUUUUAUAGAUCAUGUGGCUUAUUAGGGGACUUCUUUCAGAAACAGUGAUGCACUGUCCGCACACAUGUCUGGAUCUCUUACUUAAUACAGUGAUUUUCAUGGAGGCUGCUUAUGUUAAAGAAGGAUUUGAUUUCCAUGCAUGCAUGUUCACUGGUCACAUUAGAGUCCAACUGACCAACGUCUGAGGCCCUCACUCUUAAAGCAGGCACAGUAUGUUUAACCAUUUAACAGUUUAACUGUGCCAGGGAAUGUUACUGAGUGAUCACAGCGGUCAGAUCAACUGGACUUUGUGGGUUAAACGUGCACGGGCAUGGUAUGAAGCACUGUGUGAGUACACACUACUCAGUGAGUAUACGGUCCUUUUAAGAUUUAGGAUAUAACAUAAAUUUAAAUGACCCUUCAGAUUCUGUUGUUCUUUGUAAAGUUCUUCUUUGUCCCAAGAAAAGAUCUUGGGAUUUGUUUCCAAAAAAAGGGAAAAAAAAAAUAAAAAUCUGAGCAGAGGAGUAGAGACAGUGGCUGAAUAUUUCUGCUAGUGAUGUUUGUGUGUGCUGUCUUUUUGUGCAAGUUUGUGUGUUUUAACUGUGAAGUUUAAAGUAAGUUUUUACUGUAUGAAGUCUCUUUAUUUUUUCAGAUGCAGUGCAGAUAAAUUAAAUGUCAUUAACACUCAAGAUCACAGCGGUGUAUAUUUAUAUCUGAUAGUAUUUUUCCACAGUUUGCAUAAAUUUCUAAUAUUGAAAAGAUAAACAUCACUCAUUCCAACACCA